GUCGCGUCUCCACCUGCCCACUGUGCGACUUUGAGACUUGUCGCGGCAUCUCUCGGACGUUGUGUUCUUCGCCCACGGUCCUCAGCGCCCUAUUCGAAGCACGCCCCGGCAGAACCGAGCUGCGGACUGCUCGGCGUGUCAACAACGGUAUCUUCUUCCUCGCGAAUGACCCAAGUCCACCAAGUGGCGUGCUCACUUGCGAUGCAUCGUACACGCUAAUGCUCCCCCGUUGCUGCAUAUGGUUCUCAUGCAUGCUUCGAGAUCAUAAGCCUCAUAGCUGUUGAAAAGAGCCCAAUAUGGCUGCCAACUACUGGGACUCUACGCAGGCCAAAUUCUGGACCUUCACCAAGGAUGAGCUGGCAGACACCCGGAAAGAGCUCGAAAGAGCAAAUCAAGCGCUGCAUAACAAGUAUGCGCUACCGGAGAGGCGUCUCAUGAACAUCUACUUCCAGCAACAGCUCACAAAACUCGCACGAAGGAUGAGCUUGAGGCAACAAGCAUUAGCCACUGCUCAGGUGUACAUGAAGCGUUUCUACUUGCGAGUGGAAAUUCGCAAAACCAAUCCCUAUCUGAUCAUGGCUACUGCCGUAUACCUGGCCUGCAAAAUGGAAGAGUGUCCACAGCACAUUCGACUGAUGCUCGGCGAAGCAGCUCGACAAUGGCCCGAGCUGGGCGUUUCGGAAAGCAGCAAGAUCGGAGAGUGCGAAUUCGCCCUCAUAUCGACUUUGUCCUCCCGACUGAUCUGUCACCAUCCCUAUCGCCCACUGAAUGAGUUUGCGCAAAUUUUCGGUCUCAGCACAGAAGAGUCGAACUUGGCGCACUCGAUUGUAAACGACAUCUACCUCACCGAUCUCGUCUUUCUCUACCCGCCUCACGUCCUCGCUAUCACGGCAUUGGUGCUUGCGGUCGUGUUGCGCCCCUCUGGGCAACCCCCUGGACUUCAAGCCCACUCGACACACGGCGCCAUGGGGCAGGCUUCACCAUCGAUGGGCUCGCCAACUUCUGCUUCGACACCUGGAUUCCCGCCGACCAUGAAUGCCACUGCAGCCCAACAGGCAUUUCUCGGUAGUUUCAGCGGCCUGAGGCAGGCGGGACCGAAACUUAGCAAGAUCGUGGACUGGCUCGCAGAAAGUAAAAUUGAUGUGCCGGCUGUGAUAGAUUCCACGCAGGAAAUGAUCAGCUUGUAUGCGGUAUGGGAGGAGAGCUACAGUGAACGAGCAUGCAAAGAAGCCAUUACCCGGUUUGUGAAGGAUGGAGGAGCCUGGAAUUCUGGAGGGCCCUCGAAGUAGGACUUCUACAAUGCAAUUUCGAACAGGCAAAUGGAGUUCCUCAAGGACGCUCCCAAGAGUGACAACGCACGCGUCGAGCAGUUCCUAUCGGAAGCGAUCAGAAAAUACAACGCAGUGUUUGAGAUCGUUCGAUAUCCCACCGAUUCUUUUCAACGGCGGGUUAUCGUGGCCAAGGAGACAGGUGCACUUGUUCGACGCUAGGUGCGGGACGGGGGCAAUAGCCUGAUUUAAUCCAUCGUAUACUGAUGGUAUAUCAC